AUGAAGCUUUUAACAGCGAAUUUUUUGCAAUGUGCAGUUAAAAAAUGCCAAAAAAGUGCAGCAGGAUUUCCUUUGCAGUUUAAAGAUGUGCAAAUUGUACAGAAAACACUUGAUUUUAAUCCAGAGUUUCUUUUAAAUAUUCUUUAUCGGAUGGACUGGCCAGCGUUGAUUCUUACAGUUAAAGAGAUUUUUGGCACAGAAACACUGCCACACGAAAAACCGGAGUUAACAAUUGAACAUGUAGAUAUGUUACAACAACUACAUACAUUGCUUCUUGAGACACAAGUAAUGGAAGGCAGUCUUGUUUGUCGGAAUUGCAACCAUAUUUAUCCAAUUAAAGAAGGCAUUCCUAAUUUUCUUCUGACUGAAUAUGAAAUAUGA